AUGUCUUACCAGAAAAAACAGCCCACCCCUCAGCCCCCAGUGUUCUGCGGGAAAACCUCCGGCGGCGGCGGCGGCGGCGGCGGCGGCGGCCUCUGUAGCGGCGGCGGCGGCGGCGGCGGCGGCGGUGGCCUCUGUAGCGGCGGCGGCGGCGGCGGCUCCGGUGGCGGCUGCGGCGGCGGCGGCGGCGGCGGCGGCGGCUGCUAUGGUGGCGGUUCCGGAGGGAGUGUCAAGUACUCCGGCGGCGGCGGCGGCGGCUCCGGCUGCGGCGGGGGCUUCUCCAGCGGAGGCGGCUCCGGCUGUGGCGGGGGAUCGUCCGGCGGCGGCGGCUCUGGAGGCUGUGGAGGUGGUUCCGGUGGAAUCGUCAAGUCCGUUGGCGGCGGAGGCGGCAGCUCCGGCUGUGGCGGAGGUGGAGACUACGGCUGCGGCGGAGGCUCGUCAGGCGGCGGUGGCGGCUCUGGAGGCUGCGGAGGUGGUUCCGGCGGAAUCGUUAAGUCCGUUGGCGGCGGCGGCGGCGGCGGCGGCUCUGGCUGCGGCGGUGGUUACUCCGGCGGCGGUGGAGGCUCCGGCUGCGGGGGAGGCUCGUCAGGCUGCGGUGGCGGCUCUGGAGGCUGCGGAGGUGGUUCCGGCGGAAUCGUUAAGUCCGUUGGCGGCGGCGGCGGCGGCGGCGGCGGCUCUGGCUGCGGCGGCGGUUACUCCGGCGGCGGUGGAGGCUCCGGCUGCGGAGGGGGCUCGUCCGGCGGCGGCGCCAGCUGCGGUGGCUACUCCGGCGGCGGCGGCGGCUCUGGCCAGCAAGUUACGUGCCAGAGCUACGGCGGUGUCUCUAGCGGUGGCUGCGGGGGCGGCGGCUCCUCCGGGGGCGGCUCCGGCUGUGGAGGCGGCUCCUCAGGCGGCUCCAGCUGUGGGGGUGGCGGUUACUCUGGCGGCGGCGGCGGCGGCGGCGGCGGCUGCGGCGGGGGUUCCUCUGGCGGCGGCUCCGGCUUUUCUUCCCAGCAGACCACCCAGACCGUGUGCGCGCCCCAGCAGUGCUACGGAGGAGGGUCGUCCGGCGGCGGCGGCGGCGGCUGCUCCUCCGGCGGCAGCUCGGGUUGUGGAGGCGGCUCCUCUGGGGGCGGCGGCGGCUGCUCCUCUGGAGGCAGCUCGGGUUGCGGAGGCGGCUCUUCAGGGGGCGGCGGCGGCUCCUCUGGGGGCGUCCCGAUCUGCCACCAGACCCAGCAGAAGCAGGCGCCUACCUGGCCAUGCAAAUAA